AUUAAAAAAAGCCCCCAAACAUCUCUGCUCCCUCCUGCUGCACCCCGCCCCCUCCGACUCCAUUUUCAACCACCGUCACUUGCCAAACACCGCGAGAUCUGCACCAACGUGAGGUCAACGCGGAACAGGGGCGUUGUAAUGUGAUUUCAAAAACAACAACAAAACUCUGGUUUGUGUUUUGGUGCUGAAUUUAAUUUCCAAAUAAUAUGUAGACAGCAAUUUUCGGCUGAUGAUGUUUAAAAUUUAAUUUCUAUAUAAACCUUCUUUUUUUAAGUUUCAGUUUAAAAUUAAAGUCUUAAUUCAUCUUAAUUAAAGUCUGAUAAUUAUAUUUAUUAUCUUUGAUAUUGUGUAUGAUAUAAAUCAUGCCUGGCCAAAGUUUUGUCUCGCGGAUGGAUGACCUGAGAGGUCUGUACCUGAAGCUCUUGUUUGGCUGCCUGCAUGUGAGCUGUGCUAAGAAUCUUCUCUAUGUUGAAUGAACUAAUAUAUUCAAGUAAGCACAACUGAGGCUCAUUGAGUUAAUUAUUUUAUUCGCCAAUGCUAAAAUCAAUAACAAGUCCCCCUCCCUUUCAUUAAACACCUGUGAACAUUAAGUUUUUGCUUUAUUCUAUCCACACUAAGGGCCAGCUGUUGUCUGUCGUCAUUCAAAUCACAGUUUUUUCUUGUCUCAGGUUUUGCCUCUUGAGUACUGUUUUAAUGUGUCUCUUGUGUAGUUUGUCUUGGUUUGUCUAAUACGUACUUAGUCUCAGGUUUAGUUUGUCUCUUGUUUAGUUUUUUAGCUGAUCAUCUUAUCUGUAAAUAUUGAAAGGUAAGAUGAAAAAAAAUAUCUAAAUGGGUAAUAUGAUUUAAUGCACUUUUUGUAAGUCGCUUUGGACAAAAGCAUCAGCUAAAUGAAUGUAAUGAUAAACUAGCUCAUGUGGACAUCACGUGUGUCUUUUAUUUGUCAUGACGUGGUCAGUGACGGAGACACGUCCUACAGCGGAAGAGUUGGCUUUCCAUAGUUGUGUCAUGUCUCGCUCUUCUCAUUAUUUGCUGCUCGCGAGCUUUUAUUUUGGAGGGUCACUCCCGGAAGCGGCUAAAAUAGCAUCGAGUUUGUUGGCGGGCGGAAGUAGCUAAACCCGUUAGACUAAACUCGGUGACCAUCCACAGGCAGGUCGUGUAGUGUUGACGGUUUUACCGGGUUGGGUUUGUUCCGGACUCUGAUGUGACCGACUGCUCCAUAUCCCGAUGUGACACCCCCCACAAUACCCCACUCCACUCACAACCACUGUUAGCUGUUAGCUUCAAAGUUUAGUUUAAGUUAGACGAUGUCGGGGGUAGACCCAAGGGGACACUUUCUCUACACCCUGCCGUCCAACGUCCUCUGGGACUUCUGCCAGGUCAUGGACGGACUGUCAGACCUGGACUGGACCCGCUUCGCCUCGGAGGUCCUCCUCGACCAGACCGCUUUGCGAUUGGCUGAGAGGAGGGAGAGGCGGACUGAUUGGGUGAUGAAUCAAUGGGGCAACAGGAACGGUCGAGUCGGGGAGCUGAUCGACCUGUUGGAGCGUCUACAGCUGUUCCGCCCCCGUGAUGUCAUCCUUGGCUGGAUGUCCAGUCAGAAGUCUCGCUCAUCCUCCCUUCGACCUCCACCUCCUCCUCCUCACCCUCACGUCUGUCUCCCUCAGUUUGACCCCCCUCCAAAAUCAUCUGAGGCCCAGCCUACAUUAAGCACCUGCAGACUGACAGAAGAUAAAGGAGGAGGAAGAUUACUACCCAGACCUGCCCCACCCCCCUCCAGUCUGCAUUCUGACCGCCACCCACCCCCCAAGACUGACCCAGUGGUGGCGUGUGGAGGCGGGGUGAUGUGCUGGUCGUAUGAAGAGGUGCAUGCUGGGACCAAGGGAUUCUCCCCCUCCCUGCAGGUGGGGGAAGGGGGUUUUGGAGUUGUGUAUAGAGCCACUCUGAGAAACACUGACUGUGCCAUCAAGAGACUCAAACAGGAUUGUGUGUUGGACUGGAAUCUGCUGAAAGAGACUUUCCAGACCGAAGUGGAGAAACUCUCAAAGUUCAGACAUCCAAACAUUGUGGAUCUGCUCGGUGUCAGUGAAGGAGGUGGAUCACUGUGUCUCAUCUACAGCUACAUGGACAACAGAUCACUGGAGGAGCAGCUACACAAAUGUGUUGCCCUAUCCUGGUCUCAGAGACUCAGUAUUGUUGAAGACGUUUCGUCAGCACUGGCUUUCCUCCACUCCCCCCCCGACAGACACGCGCCACUGAUCCAUGGAGAUGUCAAGAGCUCUAACGUUCUGUUGGACUGCCACCUGGUAGCGAAGCUGGCUGACUUUGGUCUUGCACGUUUUGCGUCUCUCGGGUCAUCGGGAUGCUCUGUGGCUCGGACGGCAUCAGUCGGUAAAACAGAGACGAUCAGAGGAACACUGGCAUAUCUGCCUGACGAGUAUGUGAGAAACGGGGAGCUGGGGACCGCCGUGGACGUCUACAGCUUUGGAGUGGUGUUGUUGGAGGUGCUGACUGGUCGUCGAGCUCUGGAGAGAGACACCGCGUCAGGAGAGAGAUACCUGAAGGACCUGGUGGAGGAGGUUGAGGAAAGUCCCACUGGUUCGUGUGCAGCAGCCUGGAGGAAGCACCUGGACCAUCGGCUGAUCACAGGGGGGGCUGUAGAGCCUGCUGACUGGAUGGAGGUAGUGUCUCUGGCCAACAGCUGUUUGGACAGGAAGAGGAAGAAGAGGCCAGCCAUCAGCGAGGUCCUUAAGAAAUUAAAGGACGUCCACAACAUGGUGACGAAGACCUGCUCCUCUUCCCUCCUCCAUCACCCUCCUCCCCCUCAUUGGAAUCACCCUUCCCAGUCCUUCCCCUGCCUACCUAUGUCCAUCGACUCCAAAGUGAGUGCUUUGUCCAACCAGCUGUCCAAACUGGGACCACUGGAGGACACCGACCAGCCCUCUCAGUACUCUACAUCCUCCUCUUCCUCCUGUGCCCCUGCCAUUCCUCACCCACUCCACUCCUCUUCUGUGUUUGGGGGACCGUGUGAAACCGAUGAGAGUCGAGGUUUCUCCCAGUUCAGGUCAGACGGGACCAACUCCUGUUCUCCGUCACCGUCCACCAGAAACCAGUGCCCCGGUCCACUUCGGCCCUCAAGGUCCACUUCUGUUCCCACUGAGGACCAGUACAACUUCCCUCCUCAGCCCAGUAGCUCAAGAGACAGACCAAGGGCCGGAGCCCUCAAGGGACCUGACACCAAAGGGCAGACCACAGCACAGCUCUAUUGUGUCCCAGAAUGCCUCUCUCCUCCAGGGUCCCUGCAAUCGAUGUCCCCAAGGUCCUCAGUUGACAUGAAUCACAGUGAGGAGUCAAAGAUUCAGGUGGCAAAGCUGCUGUUGUCUGACGACCUAUAUAGAGAGGUGGCAGCUGUGGGCUCCAGACAACCAGAGGAGAGUGAUGAGCUUGAUUAUCUCCCUGCCAAACACGACUGAUGGAUUGUGAAGCUACGUGGAGCAGAGAGGUCACAUGAUGGCGUCUCAUUACUCAUGACCAAAGAGUCUGACAGCGCUGUUCGUAGAUUGAGCUCCUAGACAAGACCUAUUGGAUGACGACAACCUGUUGGACCACAACUUGUUGUAUGACGACGUCGACCAGUCAGAUGACGAUAUCGACCUGUCGGAUGACAAGCUGCAGGCAGCGACCUACAGGUGGCGCUGUGUCACAGAUCUCUGUUAACUGAAGCGCCUGGUAUGCCUCUCACCACAGACAUACUGUGUCCAUGUCACUGUGAAGAAACCAGGUCAUACUUCUACAGGUUCACAUAAAGGUACAACUCGGUGAGGGGGACCCUGGGGUCAGAGCCUAUACUUGAAGUUACGGUUCACAUCCCGCGUGAUUGGAAACUUAAUGACCAAUAACGAAGAGACAAAGCAGCUGCAGCAGGGGGAGGCCAUCGUCAUGGCUCCUCCCAUACACACAUCAUGUUUACAUCAUCAACCACUCGUUUCUUUUCUCAUCAUCCAGUAAAAUAUCAAGGCUGUGUCUGAAAUCAUUCACUACUCACUAUAUACUGAGUCCACUAUUUUGUAUUGCUGUCUAAAUGUUUAGUGGGAAUUAGUAUAUGCUACAGAGUAGACUCAGUGUCCUAGCCAGGCCAGCGGCCUGUACUACAAAGCAUGUUCAACAUACCUUGAACAUACAUACUGAACCUAACAACGGCCAUCCUGAAAACCUGUACUAUGAAACUGGUUAUCAACUGUCUCAGUUAACUGGGUUUUCAUAUCCAGGUAGGAGCAUGUUCAUGUGGAAGAGGCGGAGGCAUUAAUUACAAGCAACAUAGUCAGAAAGAUGAAUAAAGUUCUAUAAUCUCUCCAUAAUAUAAUCAAACGACUUGAAUAGAAAAGAACCACUCAAAAUAUGUUUUGAUAUUUAAAGCCCAAUGAUUUUCUGUAAAUAAGCACAGGGAUUUUAUCAAGUUUACUAUUGAGGGAAUAUUUUUACUAACUAUUAGGAACAGAAGUUGAAGUAAUGUCAGACUCCUGCUGCUAAAGCAGAGAUAAGUAGUUAUGUGAUGAGGUAAAUCACACUGAAUUCUAAAUUCAAAGUCAUGGGAAAUAUUCAAGUGUGUGGAAUAAAAUAAAAUUUUUAUAAUAAAAUAUAUUUUGUUUUUAUUACUA